AUGACAGCAUUAGCAGUUAUUUUUCUGCUAAUUGUUGCAGCUAUCGCUUAUCUUCAGUACAGCAAACUUCAGCGUGAAGAGAGCGUAGCCAAGUCAGCUACUACCAGACAAUUUACAGAUGUCACUCAUGAGACAAAACCGCCGGAACAUCUUGAUGUACCGCCAUCUGCUCCUCCACCUGCUGAGCCACCACCUCCAGCCGAAGCUCCACCACCAGCCGAAGCUCCACCACCAGCUGAAGCUCCACCACCAGCUGAAGCUCCACCACCAGCAGAAGCCCCACCACCAGCUGAAGCCCCACCACCAGCUGAAGCCCCACCACCAGCUGAGGCCCCACCACCAGCUGAGGCUCCAGCUUUACCACCUGCUGCUGAUGCUCCACCACGACCAGACUUUUCACAAGCAUCUGAUGCCCGUACUGCAAAAGAAUUAAUGAUACCACCAAGUACAGCAUCUAACAGUUCAGCAAGCGGAACAGAACCUAUGCAAACAUCGUCUACCAAUUCUAAAGACAAACCCAAGAAAAGAAAGAAAAGUUAG